UAGUAAUAAUCUCUGCUUCCAAAUUUACCCUUGGAAACAUGCCCAAUUUCCCCACGUAGCAUAGCAUUAGCAGUAGCAUGUCCUCCUCCGAGGAAAUCUCCCUCCACGACGCCGUCUUCGACGAUGACAACGACCCCUUCAAUUGCGACGCCGCCCGCCCCGCCCCCAAGACCCGCCUCCUGACCGGCUUCACUGACCACAAGUUGUUCUCCUUGCCCGCUUCCCAAACCACCCAAUUUCGACCUGGAAACCUCCGCGCUCCUGCGCCCGACCGCACUUGGGGAAACGGAGACGGCCACCAACAUAGCGCCGACGAUUCGGAUGACGACGACGACCGUGAAGAAGAUGAUGAUGGCGAUGGGGAAGAAAACAAUAAUAACAUCAGUAUCAAUAGUAGGAAUAACAAUAACAGUACCGGCGAGACUCUACGUGGGCCUGCCGCUGGAAAUGCCGAUAAAAUUGGAGAUGUGAAAGUAAAGCACCAUUCUUCCUUCGGGGUGGGAGUAGGAGGGAGCAGAGAGGUGGCUGUGCAGGACAGUUGCAAUCUCGGACAAGCGGGGAGAGAGAGUAUGUAUCGGAAUGCAGUUACAAUUGCAGAACCAGAUGGAGAUAUCUAUUACUCGCAUUAUUUGCAGGGUGUAGAGGGCUCUAGUGGUGGUGGAGAGAAGGAUGCCGUUGCGGAGAAUGGUGGUGGUGCUGGAUUUAGUGGGAGGAAAGAUGUGUCUUUUUCUUGUGAGUCUGGGGAGUCUCUGAGGACCAUUUUAUCAGACCCUGUCACGGGAGCUCUCAUGGAUGAUGCCAUGAUAUUGCCUUGUGGACAUUCCUUUGGAGCUGGUGGAAUACAGCAUGUGAUGAGAAUGAAAACCUGCUACACCUGCUCGCAGUCAGUCUCAGAAGACCAAGUAGCUGCAAAUCUCUCUCUUCAAGCUGCAGUUCACGCAUUUUGCCAGGAAGUAGAAUUACGGUUCUACCACUCAUCUAAGAGGAGGGAAGAGAGAUUUGACCAGGAUAAAAGUAGCUUUGGUGAUUCAAAUAUUAUGGAUAAUACUAGGGGUAGAGGUGUACAGUUUCCAUUCUCUGUGACAGACCGGGUCAUCAUAAAGGGAAACAAAAGGACACCACAGCACUUUGUUGGACGCGAGGCUGUUGUAACUACACAAUGCCUGAAUGGGUGGUAUGUGGUGAAGACACUAGACAAUGCAGAGAGUGUUAAGUUGCAGUAUAGAUCACUGGCCAAGGUUCCUGAUGAUCCAUCCUCAAAGCCAAUGUCAAGUAAGGUGGCACGAAACUAGGUGUAGAGCUGUAGCGUACAAAAUGGUCAAAACAAAACGGGACUUCUAUACAUUGUUUUUAACGUGCGUGGCACGUUUUACGACUUAAUUGAACUGCCUUGCAAUUGAUCUUGCUUGAAAUAUUGUUUUGCGACCUUGUAAAUAACAGGGGAAGGUCUGGUCUGUCUCACUCUCACAUGGUUGUUCGAGGAACCUUAGAAAAGACGCUAGGGAUUCAAUCUGAUUACGUCAACAUUUUUUGCUAGUAUCUGUAUUCAUAGCUAUUAGCUGCGUCUGUAUUAGACAUUGUAAUACUUGUUUAUGAAUGCAAUCCAAUCCAAACAGCUUUAUUUCAAUUGAGCAACUUAAGUGCCAACCCUGAGUGCCCUCCUGGAAGACCCGCCUUCCCUUAAUGAAGUCGCUUGCCGUGG